AAUGCUGCUGCCGCACCAGCCCGGAAGUAAGACGUUUAUUGACAAUAUGGCCGCGGUGCUGGCUCUGGAUCUGGAGAAAAUUGUAAUUUGACAGCGCUCACCUGGAGGCUGCGAUAGUAACCCGUUUCCAGCUUUGGGAGUGUGCGGAACAGAUGCAUUUGAAUGAAGGGAGCCGCCAAUUCACGGGACGGUGUCAGUGAGCUGAGGAAACGUCCGCGGUGCGAAGAGCGUCAUGUCGUUUUUCAAGAGGAAAGCCAAAAGCAAAGAACCUGAGAGAGCGACAGAUGCUAAAGUCAAUAGAGCUCCAGCCAGCCCUCACUCUCCGUCACUAGGACUGAGGAACCACAAUGCCAUCCAGGACGCUGCGGGGCCGAGCCAUGUGGCCAUCAACGCCAUCUCGGCCAACAUGGACUCCUUUGCUCGCGGUCGCACUGCCAUCCUCAAGAAACAGCCAAGCCACAUGGAGGCUGCACACUUUGGAGAUCUUGGUCAUUCCAGUGUGAACUAUCAGCCCCAGGAGACCCGUUCUCGGCUCUCCAAGACAGUAGAUCAUGUGCUUCGGGACAACGUGGCCAUACCCCACUAUAUGCAUUUCACGGAACUACGGGGCGCCGACCACCUGGUUCGGUUCUGGUUAGAGGCGGAGAGUUUCCGCUCCACCAGCUGGUCGCGCGUCCGAGCGCACAGCCUAAACUCUGUCAAACACAGCUCGUUGGCCGAGCCGGUCCCUUCUUCCCAAGACGGCUCAGACCUCCGGGAGCUGGCCCAAUACACGCGCAACGCCCUCGCCCGGGACUGUAGCAGCGAUGGCCCUGCAGUGCAGUCAGAGUGGCGGGACUUCUCCAACACAGAAGCAGACCUGAGGCCCGGCACGCCUCAAGCAGACACCCCCAGCAAGCAGGCAUCAUCCAGGACAGGGACUCCGUAUAAGGGGCAGUCAAACAGCACCCUGCGAGACCUCUCCGACAAACUCAUGAAAAGUAUAGAGAAAGACGCUGUUACAAUCUUCACCAAGUACAUCUCUCCAGACGCUGUGAGGCCAAUCCCCAUCACAGAACAAAUCAGAAACGACAUAGUUGCUAAGAUAUGUGGAGAGGACGGCAUGGUGGACCCAAACUGCUUUGUCAUUGCACAGUCGGUCGUCGUCACCAUCUUGGAUCAACAGCACUUUAGUGAAUUCCUGCGGAGCCAUCAUUUCUGUAAAUACCAGAUUGAAGUGUUGACUAGUGGCUCUGUGUUUCUGGCUGACAUCUUAUUCUGCGAGUCAGCUCUCUUCUACUUCUCUGAGUACAUGGAAAAGGAGGAGGCGAUGAAUGUACUGCAGUUCUGGCUGGCGGCGGACAACUUCCAGAACCAGCUCGCAGCUAAAAAGGGCCAGUACGACGGCCAAGAGGCUCAAAACGAUGCCAUGAUCCUCUACGACAAGUAUUUCUCACUCCAGGCGACUAACCCUCUAGGCUUCGGCGACUCUGUGCGGAUGGAGAUAGAGUCGAAUAUCUGCAGAGAGGGAGGGCCACUCCCAGACUGUUUCACCACUCCACUCAGACAGGCAUGGACAACCAUGGAGAAGGUCUACAUGCCCGGCUUCCUGUCGAGCAACCUUUACUACAAAUACCUGAGUGACCUCAUCAACUCGGUGCGGGCAGAUGAGUUCGUGAAUGUCAGCACUCCAGGUCAGGGCGGGCCCGCGGACAACGAGCGUUCAAGUUCAAAUGCCAGCGAGGUCUCUCAGACUCAGCAAGGUUCCAGAAAGGCAGUGAUCAAGAUCCUGAAAAACUUUGACGAGGCCAUCACGGUGGACGUUGCCAGCCUGGACCCGGAGUCCUUGUAUCAGCGGCCAUAUGCUGGAAAGAUGACGUUCGGAAAGGUGAAUGAGAUGGGCCAGUUUAUCAGGGAGGCAGAGCCGGAGCCGGACGUGAAGAAAUCCAAAGGUUCCAUGUUCUCUCAAGCCAUGAAAAAAUGGGUCCAAGGCAACUCAGAUGAGGCUCAGGAGGAGAUGGCAUGGCAGAUCGCCAAGAUGAUAGUCAACGACGUCGUCCACCAGUCAAACCACGACAGCCCCGGCAAGGCCACCAAGUUAUGACCCCGCUGAGGAACCAAAGGACUGUCACUCCCUGCAGACGCUGGCCAAGCCGGUGACAAACUGUACACAGGGUUCACCUUACAAUGAACUGAAGUACUCUGAGAACAAACAAGGCAUUUUAUCUUCUCCCCAACCCGCCAUGUGUCUGUCUGUGUGAGUGUGUGUGUGUGUGUGAGAGCUUAGAAAGUGACUGUUCACGCAUGGGCUAAUGGAAAACAGUUGAAGUACAUCAUUGUUCCAAUCCUCCAAUCUUCCAUAACACUAUAAAGGUACACGUGUAGUCGGCCAAAGCAAAGCGCUUGCAACAAACCUGAGGAAGUCACUCCUGAUGAAGGAAAACGGUCAACGCUGGAAGAAAGCCUGCACGAAGAAGAAGCAGCAUGUCAAUCACAGCGAUGCUGCAGCCAUACUUAUGUUGGACCUAUGGAGGACGUGACUGAACUACCCGUCACGACACACCUCCCCACACCUUUUUUUUUAAUGACCAUUCCUUGUUUUUAGAUGAAAUUCUCCUGUAGGGGUCGGCCACUUAAAGGCUUAAGCAGAUGUACAGUUUUUUUUUGUUUAGUUUUUUUGCAUACGCUUCCCUCUCAGCCUGCCCGGAGUCGUUUUUGUCUGCUGUUCACUCAUGUGAUCUGUCCUUCCUCGGCCGUUUCACGUACUGUAAGAGCGUCUGGAAAUGUAACAAUGACACAGAAGAAGAGCUGAUUCAGUCCUCGGACUGGCUGACCUCCUAUAUAUUAAAAACUCCUGGCACCUUUGACAGAGCGUAGAAGAAGAAAUACUCCUCUUAUGAACUUAAGUGCUCCAGUCGUGUUGGAAAACUCAAAACUCCAUGUCCUAAAUGUUCUAUAUAUAUAUAAAUAUAUAUAUAUGUAGAUUUCUGGUUUACCCCAUAUAAUGAUAUUAGUCCUUUUUUAUGGUGAUGCCCUGUUUUUUUUUUGUUUUUUUUAAUGCAUCACUGAAACAAACGUCAGUGAUGACCGGACUGUUCAACUGGAAAGUGUGCUCAGUAAAUUAAACUUUUUUUUUAAAUUUGUUUUGAGCCUUACUAAAGAUGUGGAAAAGAACCAGAAAAGACUCUUGGUACUAUGUACCACUAAUGUUUUCUGACAUGUACGUGUACUUAAUCUAUAAUAUAUUUAAAUUGUGUUUUGAUUUAAAUACAUAUAUUAUGAAAUGUU